AUGAGGAGUCAUCGCUUAGAGAAAAUGCUCCUUGGAUCAGUUCAACUGGCGUCACAGACGGUGGUUAUUGAGCAUGAAGAUACAAUGGACAACAAAGACUAUAAAAAUUUUGUUGCUCAAGAUAGCUUUCUCGUAUCUUGGCUUCUGUCUACUGUGAGUCCUCAACUCCUCCGUCAACUGGUUGGUGUAGUGUCUAUAGUCGAGAUAUGGAUCACAGUUAACAAGUUCUUUGUCAGUAGUAAAGAAAGGGAGUUAAACAUGCAAUCGUAUAUCUCCCAAAUAAAGGAAAUCUGUGAUGCUCUGGCUACUAGUGGCAGUCCUAUGUCUGAUCAAGAGAGGAUCGCCACCAUCCUUGGAGGUUUACCUACUGAAUAUCGUUUAUUUGUUACUAUCAUAUUGGACAAUCGUGAUCUGAUUACUCUUGAUGGAGUUAUAUCGAUCUUGCUUGAUGUUGAGUUACAACAACAAAAAAAUUUUGAACAGUUCAAUGGUUUGAGUAUUAGUGCUAAUAUGGAUCAAUCUUUUGUAACCAACUCUUCACAAGACGCAGAAGCAAACACAUUUUCAAGUUUGAAAGGCGACCAAUCUUAA